UUCAGGUAAGUCAACCCCAUUUCCGUAUUCAAACACAAACACAAACAAUGGCGGACCGCUUCUUCCCGAAUGAGAUGCCCGACUUCCUGCAAGAAAACCCCAACAUCAUCGAAGAGGAGGAACCCACCGAAAAUCGCCAGAGGGUUCAAAUUCACCCGCAGGGCACUCGCGACUCGUUCCUGAGGCUUCUCUCACUGCCAUACUCCUCUCUCUCUCCACAGCUACAGCGUGCAGCCCUCGACCUCAAACAAACUAUUGUGGUGGAGACGUGGGGGCUGAGCGGGAGAAUUGUGAAAGACUACUCUCUCUAUGCCGGCACAUUGGGAACUGCUUAUUUGCUCUUCAAAUCUUUCCAAGUGACUGGUAACAAGUAUGAUUUGAGUCUAUGCUUAGAGAUUGUCAAGGCCUGCGAUUCUGCUUCAACUCAAUCCAGGGAUGUAACCUUUUUAUGUGGGAGAGCCGGAGUAUGUGCUUUGGGAGCCGUGGCUGCAAAGCAUGUCGACAAUUGCAAGUUGUUCGAUUACUAUCUCUCCCAAUUCAAAGAGAUAAAGCUGUCGAAAGAUCUCCAGGACGAGUUGUUGUAUGGUAGAGCUGGGUAUUUGUGGACUUGUUUAUUUAUGAAUAAGCAUUGCGGCAAGGAUACUAUUCCGGCAACCUACAUGGGUGAUAUUGUGAAAGAGAUCAUCAGGAAUGGAAGGAAACUAGGAAAACAGGGAAGGUGCCCAUUGAUGUUCGAAUGGCACGGUGAAAGGUAUUGGGGUGCGGCUCAUGGCUUGGCUGGAAUCAUACAUGUUCUGAUGGAAUUCGAACUAACAUCGGACGAGCUCGAAGAUGUCAAAGGAACUCUCAAGUACAUGAUCAGCCAUCGGCUCCCAAGUGGGAACUACCCUGCUGGCGAAGAAGAUAAGAAACAUGACGCUCUAGUACACUGGUGUCAUGGAGCUCCUGGGGUCACCCUUACGCUCGUCAAAGCUGCUGAGGUGUUUGGGGAGAGGGAGUUUUUAAAAGCUGCCAUGGAUGCAGCAGAAGUGGUUUGGAACCGCGGCCUGCUGAAACGGCUUGGGAUUUGUCAUGGCAUCAGCGGGAACGCUUAUGCGUUCCUUGCCCUCUAUCGCCUCACUGGGAUUGUCGAGUAUCUAUACCGAGCCAAAGCUUUUGCCUGCUUCUUGCUUGACAGAGCCCACAUUCUCAUGUCGAUGGGUGAGAUGCAUGGAGGAGAUAAUCCCUUUUCACUGUUCGAAGGCGUUGGUGGAAUGGCUCAUCUCUUCUUGGAUAUGGUUCAGCCUAAGAAUGCUAGAUUUCCAGCCUAUGAACUUUGAUGAUAUCUGUUAAUAAAACGUCUCGAUUACAUGUUUAUGGAUGCUUUGUAUAAAUUAAUACUAUUUCAGCACUUUCUAAUCUAUAUCUAUCUGCCUUCCAAUUCA